UGGGUUAGGCUUGUGCUGGAGGCGAGGGUUAGGUCUCAGUGAUGAGUCCGGGGGAGCAUGCGCAGUAGUUGUCCUGGCGUUUCUUUUUCGAAGCGUUGCAUGGAGGAAACCGCAGAGGAGGAGCAGCAGCUGCCGUGGUGGGGAGGGGGCCCUGGGCAGCUGACUGCCUGAUUCCUGCACUCCUCGCCCCCCUCCUCAGAGUCAGCAUGUCGGGGCCUGGAAGCAAGCGUGCAGCUGGGGAUGGGGGCUCGGGGCCCCCUGAGAAGAAAGCCAACAGGGAAGAGAAGACCACCACCACCCUGAUUGAGCCCAUCCGGCUGGGGGGUAUCUCUUCUACGGAGGAGAUGGACCUCAAGGUGCUCCAGUUCAAGAACAAGAAAUUAGCAGAGCGCCUGGAGCAGCGGCAAGCCUUUGAGGAUGAGCUGCGAGAACGCAUUGAGAAGCUGGAGAAGAGGCAGGCCACCGAUGAUGCCACCCUCCUGAUUGUCAACCGCUAUUGGAAGCAGCUGGAUGAGACGGUACAAGUGCUCCUGAGACGUUACGAUGGGGAUGGUGGGCAGGCUCUGGAGGAACCCAAGCCGGAGGCUGCAGGAGCGGAGUUGGAGGCUGCCCUUCAAGGACAGGAGGGACUAGAGAGGAGAGAGGCAGCCCUGUCACCCAUCGCACCGCCCACCCCCUGGAAGGCUGGGGGUCUCGUACUGAACGAGCCGGCCCUCUCCUUCCUGGCCACCUUGGCCAGCAGCAGCAGUGAAGAGAUCGAGCUGCAGCUUCAGGAGCGCAUGGAGUUCUCCAAGGCUGCCGUCUCCCGGGUCGUGGAGGUCUCGGACAAGAUUCACCGGCGCACGGAGGAGCUCUGCCAGAAGAUCCAUGCCCGUGUGGAUUUUGACCAACUGGAAGACGCAGUGAAGUCUCUCAACAAGGAGCUGAUGAGAGAGAACCGGCACCUGCAGGACCUGACCACCCAGCUCCAGGAGAAGCACCACAAGAUCUCCCUAGAGUACACGGAGCUGCAGGACAAGGUGACCUCGUCGGAGACUAAAGUGCUGGAGAUGGAAACGACUAUUGAGGACCUGCAGUGGGACAUCGAGAAGCUGCGCAAGCGAGAGCAGAAGCUGAACAAGCACCUGGCGGAGGCGCUGGAGCAGCUGAACUCUGGUUACUACGCAUCGGGCAGUUCUGGGGGGUUCCAAGGUGGACAGAUCACACUUAGCAUGCAGAAGUUUGAGAUGCUAAAUGCAGAGCUGGAGGAGAAUCAAGAGCUUGCCAACAGUCGCAUGGCGGAGUUGGAGAAACUGCAGCAGGAAAUGCAACAGGCUGUUAGGACCAAUGAAAAGCUCAAGGUGGCCCUGCGGAGCCUGCCUGAGGAGACCGUGAAGGAGACCCUGGAGUACAAAGUGCUGCAGUCUCAGUUCUCGCUGCUGUACAAUGAGAGCUUGCAGGUGAAGACGCAGCUGGAUGAGGCCCGUGCGCUUCUGCUCACCACCAAGAACAGCCACCUGCGCCACAUCGAGCACAUGGAGAGCGAUGAGUUGAACCUGCAGAAGAAGCUGCGGACGGAGGUGAUCCAGUUGGAGGACACGCUGGCUCAGGUGCGCAAGGAAUACGAAAUGCUGCGCAUUGAAUUCGAACAGAACUUGGCUGCCAACGAGCAGGCUGGCCCCAUCAACCGAGAAAUGCGUCACUUGAUCAGCAGCCUCCAGAAUCACAACCACCAGCUGAAGGGCGACGUGCAGCGGUACAAGCGGAAGCUGCGGGAAGUGCAGGCGGAAAUCAACAAAGUUCGAAUGCAGCAGAGCGGUUUUUUCUCCAGCUUGGCAGCAGCGCCCACCACACCAGGCGGUGAGGAGCCUGUGGGACUGCCAGGGGCACCUGGGGCUGCCAUGGUGAAAGAAGAGGAGGGGGCAGCCCCUCCGGAGGUGAAGAAAGAGCCCAAGGAGGUGCAAGUGAAGAAAGAGCCCAAGGACGAGCUGGUGACUCCCCAACCGCCGGGAACCCACGAGGGGGUGAAAAAGGAAGAAGAGGAGCCACCGGCCCUCCAACCGCCCACGCCGCAGCCACCCCCACCUCCCCGAGCUAAGGAGCCGGAGCGGUCCAAGGGGCGUAGUGGAGAACGGGGCGGGGACCGUGAGAGGUCACGGGAUCGAGACAAAGAGACUUCUUCUUCCUCGUCUUCCUCCUCGUCGUCUUCACGAGAUCGGGAGAAACAGAAGGGUGGUGGGGGCAGCGAGGAUCCUAAGAAGAAAGAUUCGGAUCUGCUCAAACAGCUGCGAGCUGAGCUGAAAAAGGCUCAGGAGAGCCAGAAGGAGAUGAAGCUCCUCUUGGAUAUGUACAAGUCGGCCCCCAAAGAGCAGCGGGAUAAAGUGCAGCUCAUGGCAGCAGAGAAGAAAACAAAGGCAGAGGUAGAGGAGCUACGGGUGAGGAUCCGCGAGCUGGAGGAGAAGGAAAAGAAAGAGAGUAAGAAGAUGGCUGACGAGGAUGCUUUGCGCAAGAUCAAGUUGGCGGAAGAGCAGAUUGAGCACCUGCAAAAGAAGCUGGCGGCAACCAAGCAGGAAGAGGAGGCUCUGCUUUCUGAGAUGGACGUGACAGGCCAGGCCUUUGAGGACAUGCAAGAGCAGAACAUGCGGCUCAAUCAGCAGCUGCGUGAGAAGGACGACGCCAACUUCAAGCUGAUGUCGGAGCGCAUCAAGUCCAAUCAGAUCCACAAGCUGCUGCGUGAAGAGAAGGACGAGCUGGCCGAACAGGUUCUGGCCCUCAAGUCGCAGGUGGAUACCCAGCUGUUGGUGGUGCAGAAGCUGGAAGAGAAGGAACGCGUUCUGCAGGGGAACUUGGGCACUGUGGAGAAAGAGCUGACGUUGCGCAGCCAGGCCCUGGAGCUCAACAAGAGGAAGGCAGUGGAGGCUGCCCAGUUGGCGGAGGAUCUGAAGGUACAGUUGGAGCACGUGCAGUGUAAGCUGAAAGAAAUCCAGACCUGCAUGGCUGAGAACCGAGCAGCCAAGGAGAAGGAGUCUUUCAACCUCAAAAGAGCCCAGGAGGACAUCUCUCGCCUCCGGCGCAAGCUGGAGAAGCAGCGCAAAGUGGAGGUGUACGCGGAUGCUGACGAGAUCUUACAGGAGGAGAUCAAGGAGUACAAGGCCAAGCUGACCUGCCCCUGCUGCAACACGCGUAAGAAGGAUGCGGUCCUCACCAAAUGCUUCCACGUCUUCUGCUUUGACUGUGUCAAGACUCGCUAUGAUACCCGCCAGCGGAAAUGCCCCAAGUGCAAUGCGGCCUUCGGAGCCAACGACUUCCAUCGCAUCUACAUCAGCUGAGCGCCUGGGCCUUCAUCGCCCUCCUUCUCCCCUCCCCCAGCAUCUUCACAGACUCUGCCUAGAUCUCUUGGUUACCUUUUUAAUAAAGACCUGCCUCGGAUCCACAGGAGGAGAAUCCUCCCCACUGGUUCUCUGGCUUUAGUCAAUCCCUUUCCAAGAGUUGGAAAGUAAUUUCCAAGGCUUCCUUUUGAGUGGAUCUCUCUCUCUCUCUCUUUUCUCUUCUCUCCCCUUGCCCUCAUGCCUCUGGGUCUGCUUACUGGGGUUCCUCUGGGUAUCACUGGAUUUCCUCUCCGUAUCCAGAAGAUUUUCUUUCUUGCUCGUUUCCCGUGUUGCUUCUGGAUCCCACACCACCACUGCCACCAUUUAAAAAACUUUUAUGAGAGAAAGGAUCUCCAGUCACUGGCUGCAGGCAGCAGUCAAGAAGAUUAAAUGCUCCCUGUUGGAUAAGGGGCAUUUUAAUUCCACUUUAUUUUAUAAUUCAGCGUGUUGAAGUAAAACUGCAGAGGUGGUCAGCUCCGGUGCAAUCCCUCUGUUCCUUGAAA